UAUCAAUAUAUUUUUCCUCCUCUUUCUUCAUUCCUCCAACAUUUUCCCUCUUCUCUCUCUUCCUCCUCCAACAUUUUUCCUUUUCUUUCUUAUAUUAUAUCUUUCAUCUUUAAAUAUUUUCAUCUUCAAGUUAAAGGAUUCAAGAUAUAGCCAUAGUCAAGCUUCAAGGUUCAAGAUUCAAGCUUUUUUUUAUCUUUAUUGAGUAUGGAAUAUUAUCGGUACUAUCGUAGUUGGAUGUACGAUAGGUUGUAUCCUGGAAGACGUGGACUUAAACCAAAUUUCGAGGAAGGAGUUAAAGGGUUUAUCUCGUGGGCAUUUGUUCAGGAAUGUUGUCGAAGCGAAGGAGGAGUUAGGUGUCCUUGUCUUAAAUGUGAAUGUAGACCUAUAAUUAGUGACCCAGAGGAAGUGGAACGUCAUUUGAAGAGAAGGGGUUUCAUUAAAAAUUAUUGGGUUUGGACAUAUAAUGGAGAAGAACUACCGUGUAAUGUACUGGAGACUAGCAAUACACAAGUACCCUUAUCCUUCAUGCAGUCUAAGGGAUCUAACUUUCCACCUCCCACACAGGUAUCCUCAUCCUUCCAACAGACCAGGGAAUCCUGCACCCCACAUCCCACACAGGUACCCUCAUCCUUCCAACAGACUGGUGAAUCCCGCAACCCACAUCCCACACAUAUACCCUCACCAUCCGUGCAGACUGGGGGAUCCUACACCUCACCUACCAUACAUAUACCUGCGCAUGAGGAUGAUAAUAAUGAGCCGGAUAAGGACGAUCAUGAGGAGAAGGAUGAGAAUGACGGUGAUGAGGAGGAGGAUGACCCGAGUGUGAUUUAUACCAUUGAAGGAAGAUAUUAUAUUUGGCCCGUCGGAAAUUCUUUCGGGCCAAGUCGGAUAGCUGCCCAGUGUAUAAGUUGUGUAAUUCAGCAAAUGUAUAAAAAAGCUUGGAAGAGAUUUAAAGAUAUUGACUCGAAAGAAAAAGAAGCUUGGUUUAGAAAAUUUAAGGAAAAGUGUACGUGGAAACUAACGAACGAGAGAGAGGUUAAAAAAAAUUAUUAUGGGAGAACAUCAGUUCGACUUUCUGACAUGUUACGGCGUGCUAGAAAGCGUUGGGAACGUGAAAAUAUUCGUCCUAACUGGAUAGGCAAAGAAGUAUUUGAUGAACUUCUUGUCUAUUGGGAUACACCUGAAUUUAAGGCUAGAUCAGAAAAAGCAAAGAAAAUGAGAGCAUCUGAAAAUGGGGAUAGCAUUAAUACAGUUGGAAGUAUAAGUACGGUCGAACAUGCUCGACGCAUGGAGGUUUAUCAGACAUUGCUUGCGCAAUUUUUGGUUGAAAAUCCUCAAUAUACUCCAAGAGGUUCAGAGCCGCUUAAUCCACAUGUGGAUUUUUAUAUUUGGGGUUUAGUAAAUGGCGGAAAGGGACCUAAUGAGUGUUUUUUUGGUGCUGGAAAUUUGGCCGGCAGCUUGAGAAGAGUGGAUAGAACUUUACUUCAAAGAGUUAGAGAUGGGGAAGGAACGUCACGUCCACCACAAUUGACACCUGAAAUGCUAGAAACAGUAAGACAACUGGCGCUAACUGAGGUGAGACGCGAGUCAGCACAACGUGAGGCGGCGCUAGCUGAGGUGAGACGCGAGUCAGCACAACGUGAGGCGGCGCUAAAGGCCCAAAUGGAAGAGCAACAACGGCAAAUGGAGACAAUGGCGAAGAGACAAUCUGAUAUGGAGGAGCAAAUACGGCGAUUAAUGCAAUUCCAAAGGAGCGGUAAUCAAGCGUUUGGUGGAAAUGAAGGAGUUAGUGGUGAAGAACCGAUGGAUGAUGAGAAUGACGAUGAUCUUAACAUUAACGAGUUUCCCGACCCAUAAAGUUUACUUUAUUUUUAUGUUACUUUUAAAUUUUAA